GUUCAAGGAGUUUUUCUAUAAGCAGUUCUAAGAGCAGUACAGCCAGAAAUGGUGGCUUUCUCCUUACCAGUAUGAAGUGGGUGCAGUUUUCAAACCUACACGUUGAUAUUCCCAAGGAUUUGACCAAGCCUACGAUAACCAUUUCUGAUGAACCAGAUACAUUAUAUAAGCGCCUGUCAGUUUUAGUAAAAGGCCAUGAUAAGGCUGUAUUGGACAGUUACGAAUAUUUUGCCGCGCUUGCUGCUAAAGAACUUGGUAUCUCUAUUAAAGUACAUGAGCCUCCAAGGAAAAUAGAACGAUUUACUGUUCUCAAAUCCGUGCAUAUUUUCAAGACGCACAGAGUUCAGUAUGAAAUGAGAACACUUUACAGAUGUUUAGAGUUAGAACAUCUAACUGGAAGUACAGCGGAUGUCUACCUGGAAUAUAUUCAGCGAAACUUAGCCGAAGGAAUUGUCAUGGAGGUUAUAAAGACAAAAUUGGAACAUUACCAGAGCACAUCAAGGAGCCAAUCUGGGAAACGGUACCAGAGGAAAAAGUAGAGAGCAAGUCCUAAAGUUUCAGCCAGUCCAGUUGUGCCGGCCUGUGACCCACGGGGGUCAGACAUGUACGUUGAAAUAGAGGCUUCCAGUGGGAGUGACCGUGAGUCCACCUGACUGCUUUGUUGAGCCCCC